UUAUCGAUAAGAUACGUAAUCAUGUGACACGUUCUUAAACUCUUAUCAGAGCAAAACUUUCAAGACAGUUAGCUGCUUGAUUUAAUCAGAUAUUUGUGUAUCAUAUAUAGAUAUAUUUUUAAAAUGGCAACAAUUACUCGGUCAUCAGUGUAUAAAGGAUCGGAUAUCAUGCUGGAUUAUUCUUGCAUGCCCUGUGAAGAAAAAGGUUUUUCAAAAGAGGCGGAAGUAUAUUGUGAAAAAUGCACAACAUUUUACUGUGGAUCGUGUUUAAACUUGCACAAUCAGUUGUAUAAAACACACACGAGGUAUGAAAGAUCCGAUAUGAAAGAUUGGCCACUAGCUAUGGCUACACGAGAUUGUGUAGAGAAGUGUGAAGUACACAUGGACGAGAAAUUGAAACUUUUUUGUGAGGACCACGAAAAGCUCUGUUGCAACACUUGCAUAUCGCUGAACCAUCGUCAGUGCGCUAAGGUGUCUCUCAUAACAGAUUUAGUAAAUAUCACUUCACCUGGAGACCUUCAACAACUUUUUGAUGACAUCAAGACGAUAAAGCAAGAACUGAAAGAGCUACGAAAGAGUCGAGAAGAGAACAUUGCGUCAUUGCAAGAUUCAUUGAAGAAAAGCAAACAAUGCAUAACAGAUGUGCGUGACAAAAUUAACGCUGCAUUAGAUGAGCUUGAGAAAAUGACAAUGGCAGAACUGGAUUUUUCAUUUGCAAACCUCAAGACAGACUUUAAAAAAGAUGUUGACAACUGCAAUAAGCUGUAUGAGGAGUUGAAAGGUUUCAGAGAUACAAUUCAUGAAAUAGGCGUAAACAAUAAUGAACUCGUCUUCGUAGCAAAUCAAAAAUGGUUGGAAAAGAAAAAACAAUCGGAAUCUUAUAUACAAGAACUUUCCGGAAAACCUGGUAUUUCAUUAUCGCUUCAGGUCAACACUAAUAUUGAAAAAUAUUUGUCGGAACUACAUGGUUUGGGCAUAAUAAUACACACAGAUUUGGUUACUUCAUAUCGUGCAUUAUCUGUGAUUGGUAAGACUGAGUUCAGUGUACAUUCAAAUGACGAUACCUAUUUGUGCAGCAUUUCAGGGGUAUGUUUUCUUCCUGAUAGUCAAAUCGUCUUAACGGACUAUUCGAAUGCUUCGCUGAAACUGUUGAACCAGAAAUAUGAAGUCAUCAGCAGAACUCCCCUGGUUACACAUGCGCACGACAUAUGCCAUGUUUGUCCAUCAGAGGUGGCGAUUACUCUUAAUAAGCAAGCUACACACGAGGUGCAAUUGUUUACAGUGGAUAAAGGGAGACUGAUCAAAGGCAGGACUUAUCGGCUUGAGCAUCAAUGUAUCGGAAUUAGCCAUCUACUGGGUGAGCUGUACAUCACUUCGGGGUCUGCGCUGUACAAAUACAGUCUGAGGGGGGAACUUAUAAAGAAAUUGUAUGAAGAUAUAUCUCAUGAAUAUUCAGUGUUGAAGUGUGCAUUGAGUCAUAACGGCGACAGGAUCUUCGUCACCGAUCGUGGUAAUAACAAGCUGCUUACACUUGCCAAGGAUGGGGACGUUCUCUUCACGUUCUCUGAUCCAGACAUGCAAGUCCCAUGGAAUGUACACGUCUCAGCUGCGGGGCACAUUCUCGUCUGUGGAUAUGAAUCACGCACUGUUAUACAGGUUGAUAGCAGGGGGAGGAGAAAGAUUGCCACUCUUGCUCGAGAUGAGGAUGGAUUGAUUGAACCAAAAUCAGUGUUUUACAACACAUAUACAAACUCUGUCAUAGUUGGGCAAUCGAAUAAUCUUAAAAUAAUUGUAUUUGAUGUUAAAUAAAAUAUGUUUUCAUUUUC